AUGGUCUCAUUCAACUUCCUCUCCAAGUCCGGUAGCGCAACGUCCGCAUACCCUCGCACGGCUUUAGCCGCAUACGUUGCUUCCUCGGCUACAUUCUUGACGAUCGCAUCGCUCAAUUCUUUAUUCUUCACAAUGUCAAGCAGUUUCCGGGUGCGGUUCAGCAGAACAGCGGCGGACACGGUGACCCUCACGUUGUCCUCGGCAGCAUCAUUCACGAGUGUAGCGACCAUGGCGGACUCAUUUCUUAGCACAGCAAGGGUAGCAUCAUCCUUGUCCUUGUUUUCGGCCAACGUUUUUUCGCUGGCAAACGCGGAGACCUUCUCCGUCAGAUUCGCCGCCGCGUCCACGGCAAGGGAGGUGAUCUCCAGCAUCUUGGCAAUCUUUUCCACCUCAGCCUCGCACUCCUCCGCCACAGCACGCGAGUUUGUCAGACUCUCAACAACUUUGGCCAGCGAGGUGAAGACACUCUUCUCUCCCUUACCUUCGGGCAAACCUUUCAGAGCGGCCUUAAACCCCUCCGUCGCGGUCUUUGCGCUCUUCACCGCCUCCUGCGGGUCAAACUCUAGCAGGCUGAGGUCAGACUUCGCCUUCGCAGCCUUGACUGCCGCCCGUGCGAUUGAGUCCUUUGCCAACCGCACGCUCUCCACGGUCGGAGGGGUCACCACUGGCUCCUUCGGGGCUGGUGCCGCUGGCAAAUCCUUCCGAGCUCUCACCACUGUGCUCUUCGGAGGGAUCAUCGCUGGCGCACCCUUCGCGGCUGCUGCCGCUGGCUCCUUCGGUCUCUCCGCAGGUGGCAGAGACUCGCUCAGCUCCGUCACUGCAUUAAACGACAAAUCCAGCGACCGCAGCGUCACCCUCGCCAGAACAGUCUCCACUGCGAUGCGCACCGCAUUGAGCGCAUUCUCCGUUGCCGUCAUUAUGUUCGACAAUGCGUCCUUCGCAGUGGCUGUGUCCGCCGGACUGGGAAUCGAACCGGGGAGUGGCGUGCCACCUGGCUCUGCUGCAGGCACUGGAGCUGGAGAAAUCGGAGCACCUGGCGUCGGCCCAGGACUGGUAGCUCCUCAGUGGCAGCCGUCACGCACAAGGCCGUGCAGCAAAGAGCAGCGGCCAACAACCACACAACGCGGCGCACCGUCGCCAUGA